AGCACAAUCUCUAGUCAUCCGGACCAAGAUGGCUCCACCGUUAACAUCUCUGGCAUUAACUGUUACUGCAUUUCUUGCCGUCUCGAUGCAGUCUUCCUGUGUGGAUGCACGUAAUCGCAAGAUCGAGACAACAUCAAAUUGGCCAAGCCUUCAGUUGCACUUCACCGUCAAGCGCACCUCGAUGAAUGUCUUCGGUCAGUCGGACUUCACCAUGCUGGCCAACCCCAUCUUGUCGGGCGAUGACAGCCAGGUGCUUUACGACGUUCACUCUACGUUCUCGGAAGAUUCAAGUACAACAACCUACACGCUACUAAACGGUGCCGGCUACUUGUCAUGCGGUUCUACCGAUUCUCCAUCCGCGUCGUGUUUGGACUCGGAAUCGGACAUGUUACCACCGAUUAACGAAAUCGUCAGCGCGAUCAAUGAAGCGACUGCUAUGCCAAACAGUUUAGGUAGCAGUGAUGUUGGAGAGUGCUCUAACGGACUGUUUAAGGUAUCCGUAAACGGUAUCAGCUUCGCGUUAUGCGCAUCGGGCUCUUCAGGAUUCACAAUGACGGGCAGAGAUUUGGAUAUCGAAGUGAAGUACCUUGAGACUAGUGUAGACAUCGCAGAGCCGACUGGGACUGAUGCAUGCAAUAUUGUGGCGGCAGCGAGUUCCGUGACACCGAUUGGUAAGUCUUUGCUCACUGGUACAAGGAGUCCUACUCAAGUUGAGAGAAACUUAGAAGCUGAGUUUGACUUUGACUUCUGGGACGAUGACGGUUCCUCGGAUGGUUCUUGUUCGUGCAAGUCGACCAAGCGUCCCUGUCUCUUUAUCCACGGUAUGGGUGUUGAUACAGAGGAGCCUGCAGUGGUCGACUCCUUCUCGUACUAUUGGGGCAACCUAACCGACCAUGCCCCGUGCUGCUCGUCCUUCAAGUACACCGUGCUCAAUACCGUGGACAACGCGUGGACCAAUGAUACUUUGCAGCAAAAAGUCUGUGAUCGUGCCGUCUCCGUGAGUCAAAGAAGCUCCAAAACCGUGAUCGCCGAUACGAUUAUCAUCACUCACUCGAUGGGCAAUCUCAUGGUAGCGGGGGCUAUAGCAACGGGGAAAUGCAGCCUGGACUCUAGCUCGACGUGGGUUGGAUUGGCGGGGCCGAUGCAAGGAAGUAUGGCGUCAGAUUUUGUCCAAGAUACGUGUGCUGGAGAGACGAAUUUUCUCUUGGAGAAAGUUGCGAAUGUUACGGGACGAUGCCCUCCGACUGUAGCCCUUCAGGCUCUACCAUCACAAGGUGGGAACUACAGCUCUAACGAGUUGAACGCAGCGUAUACUGCUGCUCAGGAGGCAUAUACAAAGAAUGUGUCGGCUCUAAUGUGCAGUGCAGGAUAUUCUGGUCUGCAUUCCAAAUACCAGGCAGAAUUUUGGAUUCUUGGGAAUGUGGUGCCGUACAAAUCUGAUCACAACGACGGGAUGGUAGAGUUCGACAGUUGUGCUGCUGGUGUGCCAGAGUCCAAGUUCGGCGAGACGUGGAAGUCCAGGUUCUACAAGACGAAACUGAAUCACUACGACAGUGAGUUUCUAUACGGAGAUUCGCUCCUGGAUGAGAAGAAGAUGCCUAUCAAGUGGUUCGAAUGCCUGCUCUAAGCUAGGUUUUUGGUAUUUUAAUG